AUGGAGAAGGACAAAGAAGAGCAGGUUAACUUAGUGAAUGGGAAGGUAUAUAAGCAGGCUGGUGUUUCUCCUAAAGUCUCUAAAGCUAGAUACAUUCAAAGAUACAGGAAUAGAUUAGCCAUGGCUAAUGCAUUUUCAAAUUGUAGUGGCAAGAUCUGGUGCUUUGUUAACAUUAAUAUUGAUGUAGAGGUGAUUUCAGACACAGUUCAGCAAUUGACACUGAGACCAUUCUUCCAGGAUUUGGAGAAAACUAUGUAUACCACUCUGGUAUAUGCAAAGUGUGAUGAAGCUGAAAGGGUAGAAUUAUGGGACAACAUGUAUCAUUUGUAUAACACCAUCACUGAGGCAUGGAUGAUUGGUGAUGAUUUUAAUGUUGUCUUGAAUGAUGAGAAAAAUAUUGGUGGCAUCCCUAUUCAGCCUCAAAAUGUGGAGGACUUUGCCUUUUCUGUGAAUUCUUGUGAACUAGAGGAGAUUAGAUUUAAGGGCAGCCCUUUUACAUGGUGGAAUGGUAGAGCUGGAGAUGAUUGUAUCUUUCAAAGGUUGGAUAGAAUGUUCAUUAAUGCUCCUUUGCAAGAUUGGUUUAACAGCUUGGAAGUGGAACAUCUCGCUAGGACAGGUUCAGAUCAUGCUCCUUUAUUAUGUACUUAUGGAGAAAUAGAUCAAAAUCAGGAGGAAAUAGUCAAAAUUAAAGAAGGCAGAUUUGAAGAGGAACCCUCUCCUAUCAAUAGGUGUGCAUUGCAGAAGGCCCAGACUGAAAUGAAGAAAUAUUUGCACUAUGAAAAAGGAUAUUGGAGACACAAAUUUGGUCUUGACUGGUUUGUAGAGGGAGACAGGAAUACAAAGUUCUUUCAUACUGUUGUGAAACGAAGAAGGAAAAAUCUACAGAUCAGGAAAAUUCAGAAUUCAGAAGGGGAUUGGAUUGAGACGGAGGAUCAAAUAGCUGCAGAAGCAAUCUCAUUCUAUGAAAACAGUUCACUCAGAAGAAUUUAG